CUAGCCGGAGGGCAGCGAGCAUGGGGAAGCCCGCGGGCGGGGUCAGGGGGCGGGAGCUUCCUCGGCUCUCGGGGAGAGGACCCGCGGCACGCGGGGCGCUGGCAGCGCCGGGGUACAGCGCGGGGAGCGGGCAGCCAGGAUGUUUCUGGAGCCCCAGGAAACUAUGCCCCAGACAUCUGUCGUCUUCUCCAGCAUACUUGGGCCCAGCUGUAGUGGACAGGUGCAGCCCGGCAUGGGGGAGCGAGGAAGUGGGUCCAGCAGCUCAGGGGACCUCGUCUUCCAAGAAGGACGCCUCAUCUCUGGAUCCCUGGAGGCCUUGAUGGAGCACCUGGUCCCCACAGUGGACUAUUACCCGGAUAGGACAUACAUCUUUACAUUUCUCUUGAGCUCCCGGGUCUUCAUCCCUCCUCAUGACCUGCUGGCCCGUGUGGGGCAGAUCUGUCUGGAGCAGAGGCAACAGCUGGAGACAGGGUCUGAGAAGGCCAAGCUGAAAUCCUUCUCAGCCAAGAUUGUACAGCUGUUAAAGGAGUGGACAGAGGCUUUCCCCUAUGACUUCCAGGAUGAGAAGGCCAUGGCCGAACUGAAAGCCAUCACCCACCGGGUCACACAGUGUGAUGAGGAGAAUGGCACAGUGAAGAAGGCCAUUGCCCAAAUGACACAGAGCCUGCUGCUGUCCCUGGCUGCCCGAAACCAGCUUCAGGAGCUGCGGGAGAAGCUCCGCUCACCAGCCAUGGACAAAGGGUCUGUCCUCAAGGCUAAGCCGCCAGCCACUCAGAAGGACAUCCUGGGCGUGUGCUGUGACCCUCUGGUGCUGGCCCAGCAGCUGACUCACAUUGAGCUGGAGAGGGUCAGCAGCAUUCACCCUGAGGACCUGAUGCAGAUUGUCAGCCACAUGGACUCUCGGGACAAGCACAGGUGCCGAGGGGACCUGACCAAGACCUAUAGCCUGGAGGCCUAUGACAACUGGUUCAACUGCCUUAGCAUGCUAGUGGCCACCGAGGUGUGCCGGGUGGUGAAGAAGAAGCACCGGACCCGCAUGCUAGAGUUCUUUAUUGAUGUGGCCCGGGAGUGCUUCAACAUCGGGAAUUUCAACUCCAUGAUGGCCAUCAUCUCUGGCAUGAACCUCAGUCCUGUGGCGAGGCUGAAGAAAACGUGGUCCAAAGUCAAGACAGCCAAGUUUGACGUCUUAGAGCACCACAUGGACCCCUCCAGCAACUUCUGCAACUACCGUACCGCCCUGCAGGGGGCCACGCAAAGGUCCCAGAUGGCCAACAGCAGCCGAGAGAAGAUUGUUAUCCCUGUGUUCAACCUUUUUGUUAAGGACAUUUACUUCUUGCACAAAAUCCAUACCAACCACCUUCCCAACGGGCAUGUUAACUUCAAGAAAUUUUGGGAGAUCUCCAGACAGAUCCAUGAAUUCAUGACAUGGACUCAGGUUGAGUGUCCCUUCGAGAAAGACAAGAAGAUUCAGAAUUACCUGCUCACGGCACCCAUCUACAGCGAGGAAGGUGAGGCCCAGUGCUCUGUGGCAGCACACCCACCUCUCCACCUGGUACAUGUCACUCUGACUCCCCCACAUCCCGAGCCUCUGCCCUCAGGCGGUUGCCCUGGGAAGCAGGCCUGAUCACAGUCCCUAUGCCACACAGGGGAAGCUCAGCCCAUAGGGGUGAGUAUAUGAGGGUGGGCUGUGGGUGGACAACAGGAUGAGGACAAGGAGAGAUGGGGCUCUGGAAGCCACCCGAGAGAGCCAGAACAGGGUUAGGUUCAUGCUACAGAACCAGGAAAUUUCUCAGCCCCUAAGCAGGAAGCUGGCAGCUCUGAUGGGGCCUGGAACUCCAGCCAAUAGAGACCUGUGAUAAGGCUCAGACCUGAGGUCACAGUCUUUGCCUGGGCCCAGCUGCUCCCCUAGAAAGUAAGGGAUAACUGGUGUGGUAGGCAGACUGACUGCAUGUGGACAUGGGUUCUGAGGGGCUUUUCAUCUCUCAGCUCUCUUCAUCGCCUCCUUUGAAAGUGAAGGUCCUGAAAACCACAUGGAAAAAGAUAGCUGGAAGACUCUCAGGUAAGAGAGCCCCAGGGAUAGGCCUGUGAGCCCUUGAGACCAGUACCAUGCCUGGGGAGCAUGAUGGACAUGCCCUUCUGAAAGGCAGCCAGGGGUAACUCCACACAGGCUGCCAGUUGGUGGGAGGCUGAGGGCUUGGGUCUCAGUGUUCCUGACCUUUCCCCUGAUGACUGGUUCUUAGAAUCCAGGCCCUCCCCAAGUAGUGUGGCCUGCCCUCUGCCUGAUCAGGGGAAGGGCCUGCCAACUGCCUCACCAUUUCCUUGUGCCCUGCCUACCUCUAGGACCACUCUCCUUAACAGAGCCUGAAGGCAUGGAUGCAGCCUGCAGACGAUGGAGGAAGCACACACGUGCACCGAGUUUGAAUCUUGAUCGAUAAGGGUUGAGAUGAGGAGGCCUCACUGGUUGGGGUCCAUUUUGUAUAUAACUUUUAUGAAAAAAAAAAAAGUAAUUAUUUCAUGCAUCAACCUUUGGCACUUACAAGGUUUUCUUUCUUCUUCUUUUUUUUUUUUUUUUUGUCAUUUAUUUUAAAAUAACAGGGCAGGGCCCUGAUUCGGGAGGGGUGGGAAAGAGUAUCAUGGGAGAUGGCAUCCAUGAUAACAUCUUAUUCUAAUGAAAUGUAGAUUUUUAUUUUCUACUUUUGAUUAUUAACAUCGUAUGAAAAAAUAUUAAAAAAAAAAACAAAAAAAAACCCAACCAAAACCAAUGUGAGCCCUGCCUGCUUGGACGCCCUUCCAGCCAGUGUCUCUGAUGUCGGGGUUAGUGCCUUAGAGAGUACUGGAGGGCCGGUCUCCCACUCCAUUCUUUUAGCCCUCAGGCAGCCAGUGCCGGGGAAAUGCCAGGAAAGCUCUGCCCUGGGUGACAAGACGCCCGCUCUCAAAGCCUAGGCCAGAGAGGUUCCAGCAGGAAGGGCUUGGCUGGCCAGGGGGCUUCAUUUGCAUACUUCUAGAAGCAAACCUUGAGCACAGGCUUUCCAAAGUUUACAUUUUCAUUUUCCUUUAUCAGGGAUUUAGGGGGUUGGGGAGGGGCAGGGUGAUACCAGGCAGCACAUUUUCUGUUGGAAUAUGUCUGGCAAAUUGUUCAACUACAUUUUAGGAAAAGAGAAAAUCUAAAAUAAUAUCGGGGUGGGGGGGGGAGGGUGUGAUGGAAUUGUCUGUUUUCCAGGCUGUGACAGGUACACUGAGCUGUAAUGAAGAGAAUACAAAGUAGACUUGAAGGAUGGGGACAUUUAAAGCAGUUCUUCAAAGUCCAGUACAAAGUAAAAAGAACUCACAAAUUGGUAUUCUAGUGGACUGCCCUCUCCAUUCCUCUAGGUCAAGGGGCUCCUCUAAUGGAAUCUGAAACAGAAAAUUAGACCACACUGCUGGAGCCCACUCCCAUAAAACUGCCCAGUAUUUGGAGGUAUUUUUCACACCCAAACUUGAGGAGUACACUCCAUUUUCUGUCUCUCUGGCUGUGGGACGGCAAGUCCUGGUCCCUUAAAAGCCAGAGGUGGCCAUCCCCUCUGACUCUCUCUCCCUCCCUCACAGUGGGGCUUUCACUCUGCACAGGCAGAUUUGGAGCUACGCACCCUUAUUGCUCUCCGCAUGCCUGGCUUCCUCCCAGGGGAGCCUGAAUCUGAGAUGCUUGAGUGAGGAUGGGGCAGUUAGCUGCUAAUUCCCAAAGCUCCUAGGAGAGCCUGGAGAUGUGGUGGUGAGGCCUCAGGAAGGGGUGGCUCCGCGAUCCACUGCUGAUGGCGCCCUCAGCCCUGGGUGGAGCAAGAAUAUUCACACUGUAUUGUCACAGUGUUUUCGCACUUUUCUGACAUUCUAGAUAGUACAUACUGUAUCUUGAUAGUACAUAUUGCUUUAUGUAUUUGAGACAAAGGCUAAAAACUCGAGAAUAUAUAUUUGGAAUACAAUGUUAGAACACUUUCCAUCUUGCGUUAAGGAGCUUUCAUGUCAAUGUGCGCUCCACUGGGUCAUCAGUUCUAGUACCUACCUGAUACAGUGUCUGUGUUUGCUACUUUAUUUUCCCAGUUUGAUACACACCCUAUGAUGUUUUGGUAUUAUGAGAUGAACUCUGAGUACAAAGCUGUACCAUAACGCAGGAUGUCAGUUGUUGGUGUGACUGGACCUACUUGCAUCAAUAAAAGAAUAUGUUGC